UUGGUUGGAAAAAACAUGGCGGUGCCCAGUUCGGAGGCGGGUGGUCGGCAGUUGCGAUCGGGAAAAAACAACCGGAUCCUGUUGGUGCGACAUUUGCCCGCCGUCUUGACGGCCUCGGAGAAGGAAGAAUUGCUGAGGCACUUUGGGGCUUCGUCAGUGCGGAUCCUUUCGGACUACGGCAGGCUGAAACAUACAGCUUUUGCAACUUUUCCCAAUGAAAAUGCAGCUACUCAGGCUUUAUCAAAAUUACAUCAGCUGAAUCUUCUAGGCCACACUCUUGUAGUUGAAUAUGCAAAGGACCAAGACAGUGGUCUUGCAAUUAGCCAUCCUCCUGAAAAAGACAAAAGUCUUGAAGAACCUGUCAAAGAAGAGAAGGAACAAAAAGACCUAAGCUAUCUGAGAAUUGAAAGUGGAAUUGCUCCUAGCCAUGGGUUAACGUUCCCUAUAAAUUCGUGCCUCAAAUAUUUGUAUCCCCCACCGUCUAGUACAAUCUUAGCCAACAUAGCAAAUGCUUUGGCAAGUGUUCCUAAAUUCUAUGUACAGGUUUUGCACCUUAUGAACAAAAUGAAUCUUCCACCUCCUUUUGGACCAAUUACUGCUCGGCCACCCAUG